AUUUUUCCAAAUGAAAUUUGGAAUAUAAUUGGGAAAUUCAUAAUCUCAAAACGAUUUCAAUACGUCAUCAUUCUAAGAAAUAUAAAGCUAAGCUCCCCCGUAAGUUAUCUUUUUAUUCGCUUAGAGAUAUCAAAAAAUUUGAACCACAGUCAGAACUAAAUCAAUAUCAAGAACAAGUACAUUAUUAUAAUUAUAUUAUAGCAAUUUCUUAAAAAUUAGUCAUUUUAAAACAAAAAAUAAUAUAUUUCAAGAGCAUUAUUGCUCAUUCUGAUAAAAUAAAUAAUAAUUCUGAUAUUAUAUCAGUUUUAUUACACUGAUUUCUUUAUACAGAAUGUUUACCUUCCCCUAAGUACAAAAACUUUAGGACUAGUGUAUAUUGCUCUGACUAUAUUUUAUUAAUAAUUAAAUUAAAUUUAUUGAGUUUUUAUCUGU